CUUCCGGGGCGCCCAGGCGACCACUACGGGGACUAAAAUGAGUUGACACCGGAUGUGCCCCCUCCCAAGCGGAGCCUUUCUUCCGGCCUGGUCCUACGCUACCGCGGAAAUUUCUAGUCUGGCUUUUUAAGCUGAUUGCAACCAUGGCUGCUGAGUCUGAUGUUCUGCACUUCCAGUUUGAACAGCAAGGAGAUGUAGUCUUGCAGAAAAUGAAUCUCUUGAGACAACAGAAUUUAUUUUGUGAUGUAUCAAUUUAUAUUAAUGAUACAGAGUUCCAGGGGCACAAGGUGAUUUUUGCUGCCUGCUCCACUUUCAUGAGAGAUCAGUUUUUACUCACACAGUCAAAACAUGUCAGAAUUACCAUCUUGCAGAGUGCAGAAGUUGGCAGAAAAUUAUUACUUUCUUGUUAUACUGGAGCACUUGAAGUUAAGAGGAAAGAGCUCUUGAAGUAUUUGACAGCAGCUAGUUACCUUCAGAUGGUUCACAUUGUGGAAAAGUGUACAGAAGCUUUGUCAAAGUACCUGGAAGUUGAUCAUUCUAUGAAAAACAACAGUCAACAUUCUGACUUAUGUCAGUCCUCUGAACUAGAUGUUAAGAAUGAAGAAGAAAAUUCAGAUAAAGACUGUGAGAUAAUUGAAAUUUCAGAAGAUAGUCCUGCAAACAUAGAUUUCCACAUUAAAGAAGAGGAAAGCAGUGCUUUACAGUCUACAGUCGAGAGCUUAACACCAGAGGGAAAGGAAAUGAAGUCACCAGAGCUAUCUUCAGUAGAUAUAGGUUUUAAAGACAAUGAAAUUUGUAUCCUCCAUGUGGAAUCUAUCAAUACUGGUGGUGUAGAAAAUGGACAGUUUCCUCAGCCUUGUACCUCUUCAACAGCAAACAUGUAUUUUCCUGAAACACAGCAUUCACUGAUCAAUUCUACAGUUGAGAGCAGAGUGGCAGAGGUUCCUGGAAAUCAAGAUCAGGGCUUAUUCUGUGAGAAUACUGAAGGAACUCUCAAUACAGUGAGUGAGAUUCAAAAUCUGGAGGAUGUUUAUUCACUGAGGCAUCAGUGCCCUAGGUGUCCUCGAGGAUUUCUACAUGUCGAAAACUACCUGCGUCACCUUAAAAUGCAUAAACUGUUUUUGUGUUUGCAGUGUGGAAAAACAUUUACACAGAAAAAAAAUCUCAACCGGCACAUUCGAGGCCAUAUGGGCAUCCGUCCUUUUCAGUGUACUGUGUGCUUGAAGACAUUUACUGCUAAAAGCACACUACAGGACCACUUGAAUAUACAUAGUGGAGAUCGACCAUACAAAUGCCACUGUUGUGAUAUGGAUUUCAAGCACAAAUCUGCCCUUAAAAAACACUUAACAUCUGUUCAUGGCAGAAGCAGUGGUGAAAAACUCCCAAGGCAUGAUCUCAGUAGGCAAAAUCUAUUAUAAUUAGAAUCACAUCUUGCUAUAUAAGCCUUAUAUUAUUCUGUUAGGCAAGUCUUCCUGUAGAAAUGCAGCAUUUUUAAUAUUGCAUAACCCCAUCCUUGGGUUUUAUUUUUGGUUUGCUGACACAUGUUAUCCUUUCUGAACUUCUACCAGUUGCAGAGUGGUGAGACAUAAAAUAAUAAAGCAGAUGGGAUCUCAUUUCAUACAUUAUACAUAAGCCCCAGAGGUUUACCUAAAGAAAUAAUAUUCUGCUAAAUCUUCUUUUUAAAAAAAAUUAUCUUUAUUGGCUAGAGACACUCAGAAAUUGAGAGGAAGGGGGAGAGAGAGUGGAGAGAGGCAGACAACUGCAGACCUGUUUCAUCACUCGCAAAGCUUUCCCCCUGCAGGUAGGGACCAGGGGCUUGAACCUGGGUCCUUGCUCACCUGUAAUGUGUGCGCUUAACCAGGUGCGCCACCACCUGGCCCCUUCUGCUAAAUAUUCUUUGCUCUUCUUUUUUUAACCAGAGCACUCUUCAGAUACAGGUGGUGCUGGGGACUGAAGCUGGGACCUCUGGUGCCUCAGCAUAGAAGUUUAUCAUGAUACUUUUAUCUCCCUGUCCCUUAAUAGCCUUGAUUCUUGGAAUCAAGCAGUAUCAAGUCAGAUUUCCAGAUUCUGAUAUAGAAUCUUCAAAUAACUGAUAUGUGUAAUACUUGGUGGAAAGAAAACAUUUUUAAAAAUAUGCUGUAAGCCAUUUUAGUCACUUUAAGAAUAGACAAGUAUACUGAUUUUUUUUUAAACUGAGUACUACUGGACCUUAUACUAAACACAAAUGUAUUCAUUAUAAAAUGUAGAGAAAAUUCAAAUUCAUUUGGGAAAUUCCUUAUUAUGAGCUAAUAUACCUUAAAAUCAUAUUUCUGUCAGUUUUUACUCUACAUAUUUUGGAAAUGACUGAUUGAACCCAGGUUUUAAAAUUUCAUUUAAUAUAAUUGCAUUUAAUUUUGUGACCAAUAAAAUAACAUAAUUGGCAUAAAAUUAUGAAUCUUUUUUUUGUUUAGCAAUCCCAACUUUACCAAAGAUGCUUGUCUAACUUUUUGUAGUCACCCUACUGUGAAAUUGUUACAUUUUUUUGGUGUUACAUGUGUAUAUGUGAAAACACCACUGCAGUUAAAAACUUGUUAUGCUGUUCCCUUGUGUUCAGCUAUAACUAUAAUUUCUCUUUUAUGGAAGUCAUAAAUCUUACUGUGUCCCCUUUUGCAAUGCUUCUUUUCUCUCAACAUAAUACCUUUGGGAUUUGUCCAUGUUGCAUCUAUUCAAUCCAUUUUUUAUUUUGAAUUGGCAAUAUGUGCUAAUUUCGUUUAUUGCUAGAUGUAUAGUUUAAUUGCUUUAAUGAUGCUUUUGUUUCCUUCAUGUUGACAAAAAUUCUAGUCAUUAAGGAUUUUAUUUUAUUUUAUAUUUCUAGAAAUUUGCCAAAAACAAAACCAUGGCUAUGUGGUUAUUUUACUGGGAGUAAUAUGCCAGGUUGUGUUAUGAAUCAUUGUUCAUUAAUAACUUACCUACAUAUAGUGCAACACAUUUUUGUUAUCAUAGCAAAGGUUAAGAUACGUUGUAGGGCAAGUAAUAUUCUCAGAAGCUAGUAAAGAAGCCUGACUGGAUGCAUUUAACUGCUAAGAUGCUCUGUUUCUCCUCUAUUCAACUCAGAUUUAUAUAGAAUUUCUACUAUUUUAUUUAUUUAAAGCCCUUCCGUAUUUUCAGACAUAAUAUACUUAGUACAGUUUAUAGGAGUUUUGUGAGAAAUCACAUGUUGACUGUUAGACAUGUUAAAUAUCCUUUUAAUGAAAAAUAUAUUCUUCAUAAAAUUUUAACUCUGGGAGAGACUUUAAAAAAAAAACCCAGCUUCUCUUUGAACAUGUUUGAUAAGGAAAAUGGCUUCAUGACCCUCAGGUCAGUAGUUAGUAACAUUGGAGAGGUAACCUCUAUUUGAAUUUUUCUGAGAUUUAUAUUUAAAACAAAACUUUGGUCCUCAUAAUUUUUCAAAUAAUUUCCAGAUGGAAAAUUCUAUGAUUUUUACAUGUAAAUCUUCCCAAGUUCCCAAGAACAGAAGGGAAAGCAACAGAGGAGGACUUCUGUGUCUUUAUGAGUGUUUCUACUUGAGUACCCCUCUAAAGAUAGACUUUUUCUAAAGUUACAGUGUUAGAUCAUGGAGAACAUGAUAUAACCCAGCACUCAAUAUUAUUUCCCACUUAAGUUAUGAUUGGCCGUUUGUAGACAUGAAAAUGGUUACCUUUCAGAAGUAGUUUGCGAUUGAAGUAUUUUGCUUAUUUUUGCUUCUUAGAAUGAAAGCUUGUGAGGGAGGACUGGAAAUGGG